AUGGAAUCGAUGGUGGUGAGAAAGAGGGUUCGACGAUCGCAAUCUGAAGCCAACAUGGAAUCUAGUAGAACAAGGCUUCUGGGAUCGGUGCGUUCCAGGUCCCAAGAGCAUCCACAAGUUAUUGGGGACGUAUCACCUAGUCAGUUGGGUCACCUAAUGGAGACCUCAUCGCAAACACCCCUCGAGGAUAUGCACUCUAGAACCAGUUCCAUCAGCACCAUCGGCAGUGCCCAACUUUCCACAUCCGAUUCUCAAACUUCUGGUUACACCACAGAGAGCAGUUACCAAACGGCCUCUGGAUAUGAACGCCUUCCACAAACCAGCUCCUAUGCCAGUGUCCAGACUUACUACGGACCUCCACCCGCGGAUUUCCUCCGGGAGAUCCACGUGGCCAUUGACCCUUCAGCCUCUGGAGAGGAGAUUCAGUCGGUUCACCACGACCUGCGGGAGUUGCUGACCAACGAGAUGGGUUUGAUCGGAGGGGAGAAUAAUCAAGCCAUCUAUCUAAUAGCAUAUCACUAUAUGUAGACAGGUUCUCCAAAUUUAUAGUUCAUGAUGCAGAAGAAGUUUUAAAAAACAUAUGAUGAUAUAGAAAGUAUUUUAAGAUCGUUAGUGAAAAGCGCGCUCUGAGUCUCCCAAGUUAUAUACAAUUAUUUCUAAAAUA